AUGGCCCGCUCUUCGAGUCCGAGUCCUAGCAACCAUACGGUGCGUGGGGGUGCCAUGCCAGGGCCACGUGUUCACGCGCAGCCCCAGCCGCGACAGGUGUCGUUCGCGCCGUCGACCCAGCAACAUCCAAUGCUGGUGCCGGAGAUGGCGGUCGUGCCCAACCCUCUGGAGAACGAGAACGUUCUAGUCACCGUCCGGUUCCGCCCGCUCAGCUUGAGAGAGAUUCAGCGUGGAGAGGACGUCGGGUGGUACGCGGACGGCGACAAGAUCGUGCGCAUGGAGUCGAACCCCGCCAUUGCCUAUGCCUACGACAAGGUGUUUGGGCCCGCAACAACGACGCGGGGGGUGUAUGACGUGGCAGCGCAGCCCGUCGUAUCCGCUGCGAUGGAAGGAAUCAACGGAACGGUCUUCGCGUACGGCGUCACGAGCAGCGGGAAAACGCACAGCAUGCACGGCGACCAGAAGUCUCCGGGUGUCAUUCCGCUGGCCGUGAAGGAGGUGUUCAGCAUCAUCCAGGAUACGCCUGGUCGCGAGUUUCUACUGCGGGUGUCGUACCUCGAGAUCUACAACGAGGUGAUCAACGACCUGCUCAACCCCGCCGGGCAGAACCUGCGCAUCCGCGAAGACGGUCAGCACGGCACGUUCGUGGAGAACGUGAAGGAGGAGGUGGUGCUGUCAGCCGCGCACGCGCUCUCCCUCAUCGCCGCCGGCGAAGAGCACCGGCAUGUGGGCGCCACGCACUUCAACACGGCCAGCAGUCGCAGCCACACCAUCUUCACUCUCACCGUGGAGAGCAGCGGGCGGGACUUGGAGGGGUACGAGGAGGUCACCUACUCGCAGCUGAACCUGAUCGACCUGGCGGGGUCGGAGAACAGCCGAGCCACGACGGGCAACAACGUGCGGCGCAGGGAGGGCACGUUCAUCAACAAGAGCCUGCUCACGCUCGGCACGGUGAUAUCGAAGCUGAGUGAGCGCAAGCAGUCGCACGUGCCGUACCGGGACUCCAAGCUCACACGUCUGCUGCAGACGUCACUGAGUGGCAAUGCGCGCAUCUCACUCAUCUGCACCGUCACCCCCGCCUCGGGCACGCUGGAGGAGACGCACAACACGCUCAAGUUCGCCUCGCGCGCCAAGCACGUUGAGAUCCGCGCCAACGCCAACAAGAUACUGGACGAGAAGUCGCUGAUAAAGAAGUAUCAGAAGGAGAUCAUGGCGCUAAAGGACGAGCUCACGCGCCUCAAGCACACCAUGUCCCACGCGCAUGCGCCCGGCCCCCCCGCACUGCCCUGGGGGGCGUCGCCUGGCAACGGCAACAUGGGCGACAGCGGGGGAGGAGACAUGGGCGGGCAGGACCUUGCAGUGCUGCGGGAGAAGCUGGAGGCGGAUCAGAUGUUACUGCAGUCGAGGUUGGAGGAGGAGGAGGAGGCGAAGGCGGCGCUGAUGACGCGCAUACAGCGCCUCACCAAGCUCAUCCUCGUGUCCUCCAAGGCCUCCUCCGCCUCCAAGCCCGCCCCCCCCCACCACGCCCCCCCCACCGGCCGCCUGCGCCGCCGCCUCUCCUUCGGCGAGGAGGACGUGAGUAGCGUGCCCCCGCAUGGCUCUUGCACCACUUGCCCUUGCGUGACGGCCUUGUUAACAUGUUUCUGCUUCUGCUUGAUGCGCCUUCACGGCGCAGUAGCCUUGCCUCUCCUGCAACUCUAUACGCCUCCCUUUUGUUUCUCUAAUGCGCUCCUCCCGUCCCCCUCCCCUCCCCUCUCCUUCCCCUCCCAAUUCGUCCGCACGCGUGGCAUCGUGUCGUCAUGCCAGCUGGCGUACCUGAAGCAGCGGCGCAUGGACCUGGGCUUCGACCUGCUGGACGACGCCAUGGGCGCGGGGGGAGGCGCGGGGGACGACCUGCAGCGCCUGGGGGGCACGGUGGGCGCAGCAGGGUCGCGCUCUGUGAGCAUGUACAGCGGCGGCAGUGGCAGUGGCGCUGCCUCGCCCCGAGGGACGGGCGCAGGCGCAGAUGGGGGCGGGGGAGGGGACGACGAUGGGGGUCCCAUGAUCCUCAAAUGGCUUCGCUCCAAGAAGGACGGGGCGGGCAGCAAGGACGGGGACGGCGAGGGGGGCCUGCACGCGUCACUGUCGGGCAGUGAGAACGUGGACCCCAUCCUCACUGCCCGUGGCACGGAUGGCGGUAUGGACGCGGGCAGAGCAGGCAGUGACAGCGGCCAGUGGCUCACGCGGGUCAGCAGCGGCACGGACAGCUCGGAGGAGCAGGCAGGGGAGGCGGGGGCGGGGGCGCCCAGGAUGAUGCGCGCAGUGCGGCGCACCGCGUCGCUGCUUAGUGUGGACGAGGCGGGCACGGGGGGCGGGAUGGGCAUGGGCGGGAGCAUGGGCAUGGGUAUGGGGGGAGGGGGGCGGUGUGUGGAGACGGUGCGGGCGUCGACACAGGCGGGGGAGCUGUUUCACAUCACCGGCGUGCGAAUCCCAUCGAGCGGCACCACGCUCAUGGACCAGUGCGAGCUGCUGCGGGAACAGGUGAAGAUUCUGUCGGCGGAGGUGGGAUUCCACACGUCCAACCUGAGGCGCCUCAUCGACAAGGGCGAGAACACACCGCAGGAGCAGCAGGAGAUCGAGCGGCUGCGAGUGGAGCUAGCGGGCAAGCAGCAGCAGCUGCGCGAGAUGGAGGAGCUCAUGCGGCGCAGGCAGGGCGACCAGCCCUCCCCUGCUGCCAGCGCCGUGGCGGGCAGUGAUGGCGUGGGCGUGGGUGCAGAGGCAGACACGGCCACACAGGAACAGAUGGCCAAGACAAUAGCGAAGCUCAAGGCUGUGCUGAGCGAGAAGACGUUUGACAUGGAGAUCGUGAGUGCAGACAACCGUAUUCUGCAGGACUCGCUCAAAGCCAAGACGCGGCAGGUGCAGCAGCUGAUGGAGGAGGCGAACAUGCUGCGAGUGGAGCUCACGCGCGCCAUCAGCACCCGCCACGGCGCUGCCAGGGGGCAGGGGGACGCCAACGGGGAGGCUGACGGGCAAGUGGACGCAGCAGGGCAAGGGGAGGGCGAGGGUGGCACGGGGGCAGGGUCAGGGGGCGGUGAGGGGGGAGGGGGUGGCGGGGAGGGCAUGGUGGUGGUGAGGGCGGGCGAGCUGGAGGAGCUGCGGUCGCAGGUGAGGCUGGCUCGGCAGGAGGCGGACAUGCUGCGGCAGCAGCAGCACCAGCUCACCAAGGACCUUGCAGGGGCGCGCUCCCUCGCGCUCACCGCCUCCUGCUCUGCCCCUGCCGGUGCUGGUGCUGCUGGUGGGGCUGAUGGGUCUGGUGCUGCAGCAGGGGCGCCGUCCCUGGCGUCGUUUUUGGACGGGGCGUACAUGAAUGGGCCGGAUGGGCGGGCGGAUGUGAGUGGAUUGCUGCAGCAGGUGGAGGCGGCGAGGGCGCGGGAGGCGCAGUGGCAGGAGCAGCGGCAGCAGCACCAGCUCGUGGAGGCUGAGCUGGCAGCUGCUCGUGCUGAGCUGGCAGCGUAUCGAACUGCUGCUGCUGCAGAGGCAGGAGGAGUGGAGAAUGGGGAGGGCGGAGAUGGUGGGGAGGUCGGAGAGAGCGCAGGAGAUGGCGCAGGAGAGGGCAUGAGGAAGCAGGGGGCGGUGGGAGCGGUGGCAGCAGUGGCAGCGCGGCUGGAAGCAGAGAAGGACGCGAUGCUGGCGGUGCGGGAGAGGGAGGUGGGCGAGCUACAGCAGAGCCUGGCGGCGGCACAGCAGAGGGAGGCGGCUCUGGAGAGGGACUUAAGCACCAUGUGGGUGCUCGUCGCUGAGCUCAGACACAUGGGCGGGGGCAGUCGCUCCUCGUCUGUCAAGGACAGUGAGGGCAGCGGCAGGGAGGGGGGUGGGGGGGCGGCAGCGCGAGGGGGGUUGCUGGAUGCGGAGGAGAUGGCGGAGCUGGCGGGCAGCAUUGGGGGCAGCGGGCGGUGGCUGGGGGAGCUGCGGAAAGGGGAGAGCAUGCGCAGCGAGGGGGUGGGCAGUGAGGGGGGCAGCGAGGGCGGGGUGAGCCUGUCGGAGCGGGCGAUGGAGCUGAUCCGAGCGGGGUCGGCGGGUGGCUUGGGGGCGCGUGGAGGGGAGGGGGCGAGUGGGGAGGUGGAGGUGCGAGUGCAGAUGGCGGUGGAGCGAGAGACGUGUGCGCUCAAGGAGGAACUCGCUCGGAGAAAGGGCGAGCAGCUGGCGGGGUUGACACUGAGGGAGCUGAUGGCUCUGGAGGCGGACAUGGAAACUGCUCUCACCAAACUCGAGGUCGCUAAGAGUUCGUCCCUCGUCUCCUCUCUACUUGACACUCACAGGCAUACAAACACAAGUCACAAAGACAUGGAGUGA